AUGUGGAUACACAGCGUGGACCCGGAUCUGAGCAAAGAACCCGUGUCGUGCAAGCUGGUUUACAAAGAACCCGUGUCGUACAAGCUGGUUUACAAAGAACCCGUGUCGUGCAAGCUGGUUUACAAAGAACCCGUGUCGUACAAGCUGGUUUACAAAGAACCCGUGUCGUGCAAGCUGGUUUACAAAGAACCCGUGUCGUGCAAGCUGGUUUACAAAGAACCCGUGUCGUGCAAGCUGGUUUACAAAGAACCCGUGUCGUGCAAGCUGGUUUACAAAGAACCCGUUUCGUGCAAGCUGGUUUACAAAGAACCCGUUUCGUGCAAGCUGGUUUACAAAGAACCCGUGUCGUGCAAGCUGGUUUACAAAGAACCCGUGUCGUGCAAGCUGGUUUACAAAGAACCCGUGUCGUGCAAGCUGGUUUACAAAGAACCCGUGUCGUGCAAGCUGGUUUACAAAGAACCCGUGUCGUGCAAGCUGGUUUACAAAGAACCCGUUUCGUGCAAGCUGGUUUACAAAGAACCCGUUUCGUGCAAGCUGGUUUACAAAGAACCCGUGUCGUGCAAGCUGGUUUACAAAGAACCCGUGUCGUGCAAGCUGGUUUACAAAGAACCCGUGUCGUGCAAGCUGGUUUACAAAGAACCCGUGUCGUGCAAGCUGGUUUACAAAGAACCCGUGUCGUGCAAGCUGGUUUACAAAGAACCCGUGUCGUGCAAGCUGGUUUACAAAGAACCUGUGUCGUGCAAGCUGGUUUACAAAGAACCCGUGUCGUGCAAGCUGGUUUACAAAGAACCCGUGUCGUGCAAGCUGGUUUACAAAGAACCCGUGUCGUGCAAGCUGGUUUACAAAGAACCUGUGUCGUGCAAGCUGGUUUACAAUGUAUAA